UGUGUUGUUCGUUGCAUGUUAGUGAGAACCACACACGAGCAGCAUCAGCCGUUAGCAGAUGUCUUCGCUUCUUCCGUGGUGCUGGAUGUUCCCUACAAGAGGACAAGUGCUACUAUCGUCCACAAACAACAGGAUUAUUCUCUGUAUGAGUGUGAUGGCUAUCGAGAGGCGCAUUGGCCGGUGGCCAUUAUGAUGGCCCUGUUCGGCUUACUUUGGCUAAUGCGCAUACGGACGGAAAUCAGAAAAGACAAACGCAAACGCUCAAAACAUCCGGUACUGGACGACCAGCUACUAUUACCUCCCCCCAUCUCUUUCGCCGAUCCGAAACAUUCCGUCAAAGAACAAGAAGAUGUUCUGGAUGAUGUGAUUCCUCCGCCACCUCCACCGCCUUUGAGGCAAAACGUGCAAAUCCAUCGCUCGUCCUCGUCAAUUGGGGAUGGUCUUAACUAUCCGUCUCAAAGACUCUUCCAACAAGCUCAAUCCUUUUCUCGCUCCGCUCAAAAUUUACGGAUCAACACUUUAGAGUGCACUUGCCCAACGGGCCCACCCAUCCGCCGGCCGGCAGUCCGGUUUUGCGACGAUCCUUUUGGAUUUUAUUCCGCUCGAACAGCCCAAAGUUGGAAUUAUUCUACUCUUCCUCGUACUCAGCCCACGUCUCGAUCCUCCCACGAUAUCCAAGAAUUUUACGAGCUGACGCUGCUGGACGAAACAAAAACGGUCCAGCAAAAGACAGCCGAGACGCUCCAAAUGGCCAGUAAAUGGGAAACGACUAAUCAACAGACUGCACCCGCGGUCAUCAUUCCUACGCGAUAUGGCGACAUCCAACAGCAGUCCUGCGUCACGGCCCUAUUCCCGAUGGAGAGCCCACGUCAUCAAGCGACGAGAGGACGCCAGGAGAACGAUCCUAUGGUGUCGGUUGACAUGAUCGACGGUGUCAACGAACCAGUUAUUUCGGCGACAGAUAGGAUCGUGAUCCAGCAACAGUCCAAUCACCAGAAGAUUCAGUCCCACCUGUCGCCCGGUUUGGUCGUAGACAAACACGCGAAUGGAGGCGAUGAAUCCGCUUGGGAUUAUGAAGAAAUCAUCCUUGAAAGGGGCAAUUCUGGUUUGGGUUUCAGCAUUUCUGGUGGAACUGACAACCCACACAUCGGCGAUGAUCCAGCGAUUUGCUUGACAAAGAUCAUCCCUGGCGGAGCGGCUGCCAUCGACGGCCGAAUGAAGAUCAACGAUGUCAUUUUGAAAGUGAAUGAUGUUUCAGUUGUGAACGUUCCCCAUUCAGCAGCCGUCGAUGCGCUCAAAAGGGCCGGCAACCUCGUCCGUCUGAGCGUAAGACGACGCCGGCAGCCGCGUUCGCCCCGCAUCGUCGAAAUCGAAUUGUGCAAGGGCAACAAGGGGCUUGGUUUCAGCAUCGCAGGCGGCUCGGGAAAUCAGCAUAUACCUGGCGAUAAUGGCAUCUACAUCACCAAGAUAAUGGACGGUGGGGCGGCACAAGUUGACGGUCGACUUGCUGUCGGUGACAAACUGGUUCUCGUCAGGAAUUUACCUUUGAUGACGGAGAAAAAUCUGGAGAAUGUGUCGCACGAAGAUGCCGUUUCUGCGCUGAAGUGCACAUCAGAUCGCGUCGUAUUGGUCGUGGCCAAGACGGACGCGCCUCUUGCGCCCAUGCCAGUGGUCGGACAGCCCCCUUUACUCCAGCAACAAACGCCCGUCCUUUCGCAGUCGGCCGUCAAUCUGACAACUCACCACUCGCAUCAGCCUCCUUCCCCUAAUCCAGGACUCGCUCCUAUUGACGUCAGUGGUGCCUACGAUCCGAUUGAAAUACCUGGUGCACUUCAAGUCUCUACUCCUCGGGCUGUUAGCGAAGAAGAUAUCGCUAGGACUCCUCGAUCUGUGGUGCUAUCAAAAGGGACAACCGGACUGGGUUUUAACAUAGUCGGUGGUGAAGAUGGCGAAGGCAUUUUCAUCUCGUUCAUCCUGGCCGGUGGUCCAGCUGACGUGAGUGGCCAACUACGACGUGGAGAUCAAAUUAUCUCGGUUAAUGGACACGACCUCAAACAUGCCACUCACGAGCAAGCGGCAUUAACACUCAAGGGAGCGGGCAACACUGUCACGCUGUGCGUCCAGUACCGACCUGAGGAGUACAACCGAUUCGAAGCCAAAGUCCACGAACUCAAGCAGCAGAUGAUGACCGGCACCCUGAUGAGGACCUCACAGAAACGAUCGCUUUACGUCAGGGCCCUUUUUGAUUACGAUCCAAACAAGGACGAUGGACUGCCUAGUCGAGGAUUGUUUUUCCGUUACGGUGAUAUCCUGCACGUCACGAACGCGUCAGACGACGAGUGGUGGCAAGCUAGGCGCGUGUUAGCCAAUGGAGAAGAGGAGGGUAUUGGUAUCAUUCCCUCCAAGAAACGAUGGGAACGGAAACUGAGAGCUCGCGAUCGUACCGUCAAGUUCCAGGGCAAAAGUCCAACACAAGAUAGGCAAUCAACUUUGGAGAGGAAGAAGAAAAAUUUCAUCUUUAGCCGAAAAUUCCCAUUCGUUAAGAGCAGGGAGGAUCAAUCCGAGGAAGGCUCAGACCAAGAGCCCGCAUCGGCAAUGACACCCUCUGAAAGUGACUCUACCAGCCUUAAAGAGGAAGCUGUUUUCUCCUACGAGUCGGUCCAGCAAAUUGAAAUGACUUACACCAGACCAAUCAUCAUCCUUGGCCCACUCAAGGACCGCAUCAACGACGACCUUAUCUCCGAGUUCCCUGAAAAGUUUGGAAGUUGCGUCCCUCAUACGACUCGACCGAAACGGGAUUACGAGGUUGAUCAGCGGGACUAUCAUUUCGUUGCCUCCAGGGAGCAGAUGGAAGCCGACAUCCAAAACCACCUCUUUAUCGAGGCCGGCCAGUAUAACGAGAAUCUUUACGGUACUUCCGUGGCAUCCGUACGGGAAGUAGCUGAGAAGCAGGGCAAACAUUGCAUCCUGGAUGUCAGUGGUAACGCCAUCAAGCGGCUACAAGUGGCCCAACUCUAUCCGAUAGCAAUUUUCAUCAAACCCAAAUCAGUAGACGCCAUCAUGGAAUGGAACAAACGGAUGACGGAAGACCAAGCCAGAAAAACUUACGACCGAGCCAUGAAACUAGAACAAGAAUUUGGCGAGUAUUUUACCGCCGUUGUUCAAGGCGAUACACCGGAGGAAAUCUACGCCAAAGUCAAGGAAGUGAUUCGAGAGCAAUCCGGGCCAACGGUUUGGGUCCCAGCCAAAGACAAACUUUGAAUUGCCAUCGUCUUUUAAUACUUGUUCUUGGACGAGACUUCUUGGUAGUCGAUUCUCCUCCUUUUUAUUCUUUAACAUCAAAACGACAUGAGAGAAAUCCACCCCUUUUUAUUACCUGUCUCGCCGUUUCCCCCCUUUUCUUCAGCGAUGCUGAUAGCACCGACCUGAUGACUAUACAAAUUGCAUGCCAAUCCUUCCUUCAUUUCUUAGGAUUUUAUAAAAUUUUGACUUGGACGGAAUUCCUCGUCGUUCAUGCAUUUCCUCCCUCCUCCCCCCAUUUCUUGACAUUGACUUUUUUUCUUCUUUUCUAUGUAUUUUCUCUCCCCACGAUAAAAAAAAAUUCAUGAUUUGUGAAUAGCAAAACCACAAGAACAAAAAUCAACAAGCAGAUAAUAGCUGGACCUUUCUCGGUCAGAGAGAAGAAAAGAAAGAAAUUCGAGUGGAUUUUUUUGUUGUUGCUGCUAACAGCUGCUGCCAAACGUUCCAUCACGUUCUCUUAUUUGUUAGACCUGUUUCAAAUGUUUAAGAAAUGUCAUGUUCUUGAUAACUAAUCCAUUUUAUUGUUGCUUCUCUCCCCGUCCUUCUUCUAGAGAAUGUAUUUUCAUGCCUCCAAAAUUUUCUGACAAAACCAAACAACAACCUUAACAAACAGCAGAUAUUUGAGAUGGUGUUCGUAAUCUCGACACGUAGCAGCAUACUGGGUCAUAUCCCUAUUUCAGGUCAUCAUUUUUUCUCCAUUGGGGUCGUAAAAGACGAGCUAAGAUGAUCGAAAUCAGCUAUUGACAAAGAUUUGUUAAGCUCUGAUGGGCAGCAGAAAUGACCCGUGUUCUUGUGAAGAUAGUUUACGACAUACAUAAUCCGUUAUAGUUCCCUCCCAUUUUCAUUUUACAUCCUCCAUGAUUUGUACAGUAUUUUCCCUCGAAAAAUUGUCUCCUCCUUUCUUUCUUGUUUGAUCAUAAUAUUAAUGUGUGAAAAAGA